UGUGAUAGCAGCAGAAUAAUGUUGGGGUGUCCACAUACUUUUGGCUAUUUAGAGCAUGUACAGUACUUGGCGGGACGAACCUGUCAGCGCUCUCUGGUGGACAAACGAUGUCAUGCCGACUCGUUUCCAAACUAACUCGACAAAUCUUUUUUAGUACUGAGAUUCUUUCGUCCGACGAUGAUGCCGAGGCGUCAGUCAGGCUCUAAUGUAACAUACAGAUAGACAUCCAUGCAGUGUGUAUGUACACGGACACACACGGCCCAAAGAUGGGAAGGAAAAAGACGAACGCUGACUGUUCGUCCCAGAGAACGUUUCAAGGACAAACCUGUUGAUGAGAGCUGCAGCAAGAAAGACAAGACACCGAGCGGAGACGGAGACACCGAGAAAUAAAAUAAAAAAGAACGAGCUGACAAGUAAACGGCUCUCGGGGAAAAAAGACUGAGGAGAGAUGAUGCAGUAUACUGUGGAAAAGAGGCUGUAGUAUGUUGUGGAGUUAUAAGGCGGGCCGGUGCUCCAACAGCAGAGGGAGGGAAAUAAACGGGAUGGGUGGAGGGAGGGAGGGAAACAGAGAGGAGGGAGGGAGAACGAGAGGAUAAAUCCUUACUACAUAAUGAUUAGAGCUCACAAGCCCUUCCUGUGACACGGAGUGUAGGAAUCAGGAUUACAGCCGGUCAGUGAAGCCAGAGUGAAAGCUCUGCUGAGGGGGGGAGGAGGGGCUCAGGUAGGACAAGAAGUGCAGUUAACUGAAGACGAGAACAAACAAGGUGUGUUUCAAGGAGAGGCAGGGGACAGAUCCAAAGACAGACGUUUCUUUAGAAGAUCCAAACUCCAGCCGCUGACUCGCAUCUGUCCCCCUGCCACGGCCAUCUGUCGCCGGCCGCAGACACCUUCUUCCCGGGGACGGCAGCUGGAUCACAUCUUCAGAGUCUUGUUUUUUUUGAUGGAGCGGCCACAAGAGCGCCGUUCACACCGGAGGAGGGCGAAGGAGGGAGGCUGGGAAAUGAGGGUCACUGUGCAGAGUGUGUGAUGGAUGCGGACUCACGGUGCGGACAGGUGUCUCAGCCAAAGAUGGAGUACAUCUGUGUCUUCAUGAAGCGGGCAGUGACGGAGAAGGACACGACUGACUGUUGAGGAUUUGUUUCAGGGCUGAUGUAUAACACGCUGUAAGUUUCUGGCAGCUUUUCUAAAGUCUCAUUCUCCAGCCGAGAGAGGAAUUAUCUUUUUUCCCCCUCCGGAGGUGAGCGGCUGCUGAAGACCUCUGCACGCUAACAGGUUUCUCCUCAAAGCAUUCUGGGUCAUCUCACCUGAAACGCCUCUCCUGAGGUCGCAACUUUAAUUCUAACCUGCGAGCACGAGCGGACGGCCACGAUUUGUACAUUUGUUUUCUUUCACCUCCUCUUCUUCCUCCUUCGGCACCUGCUCACUUCAGUCUCCCUCCAUCACUCCGUCCAUCCUCCACCUCCUCCUCCUCCUCUUCUCCUUCCCUCCCUCCCCUUCUUCUUCUUUUUUUUCUUUUUUUUUUUUACCAGCGAGUGAUAAUGUGACCUUCUGCCAAAGUGCUGGAAACCAUGCCACCGUCGCAGCGGGCUCCUCUGUUGCUGCCACUGAAAUAGACUCAAACAAGUGCAGGGAGAGGAAGAGGAAAGGAAGGAGGAGGGAGAGAGAGAGAGGACGAAGGGAGGGAGAGGAAGAGAAGGAGAAGAGGAGGCCAAAGGGGAGAGAAAGAAGGAAAGAGAAGAAGAAAAAAAAGGAGAAACGGAAACAGGACAGCUGAAGCUGCAGACGCGGGAUGAGUGGUGACGAGCCAGGGCUGGAUGUGGAUUGCCAACACAGGCAGUAGGUGACUGAGAUGGGCGUUCGUCUAGGCUGCUUGAGCGACUCCCCGUGGUGGCCGCCGCCGCUGCUGCUGCUGCUGUUCUGCACUGUGCCCUGCUGUUCAGGAAGGCCGUUCGGGAUUCCCAUGCCCUCUGUGAACGUGGCGGUGGUGUUCAGCGGCUCGGCCUACCAGGCGGAGAUUAAGGGGCGGCUAAGCCGGGAAAACUUCAUGGACCUGCCUUUGGAGGUGAACCCCAUCACCGUGCUGGUCAACAACACAAACCCACGGGCGCUGCUCACCCGCAUCUGCGACACCCUUUCCACCAACCGAGUCCAUGGCGUGGUGUUCGAGGACAACGUUGGCUCGGAGGCCGUGGCGCAGAUCUUGGACUUCAUUUCCACUCAGACAGCUGUGCCCAUCGUGGGCAUCAGUGGAGGCUCUGCUGUCGUCCUGCCAUACAAGGGUGAGGGCUCCAACUUCCUCCAGCUGGGCUCCUCCAUCGAGCAGCAGAUCAACGGCAUGUUCAAGGUGAUGGAGGAGUACAACUGGGACAGCUUCGUGGUCAUAACCAGCCUCUACCCAGGCUACGAAGCCUACGUGGAUUACAUCAAGUCAUUCAAAGACACCAGCUACUUCAUAUGGGAGCUGCAGGACGUGCUGACCUUCGACAUGUCCGCAGACGGCAUGAACGACCUCCGGGCACGAAGGCUGCUGCAGCAGAUCGACGCCCAGGUGCUGUUGGUCUACUGCUCUCACGAAGAGGCUCAGUAUCUGUUCACCAUGGCGGCCGAGGUGGGGCUGCUGGGGCCGGGCUAUAUCUGGAUUAUCCCCAGCCUGGCAGUGGGGAACCCAGACAUCCCCCCACCUGACAGCUUCCCUGUCGGGGUCAUCAGCAUCAUCACAGACCGGUGGAGGAUGAGCCUGAGGAAGAGGGUGCGGGACGGGGUGGCCAUCGUGGUGAAAGGUGUGCAGAGCUUUCGGAAACAGAGAGGCUUCGUUCCCGAGGGUCACAGCGACUGUCACAACCCCGUCAAGUCACUCGCUACUAAUGACACCCUGUUCAGGCACAUGUUGAACGUCACCUGGGAACACAAUGACUUCUCCUUCAACAGCAACGGCUACCUGGUGAAUCCAGCCAUGAUCAUCAUCACCCUGGACCGAGAGCGGCAGUGGGACAAGGUGGGGAACUACGAGAUGGGCAUCCUGCAAAUGAGAUACCCCGUGUGGCCGCGGUACGGCUCCUACCUGGAGCCGGUGUCUGAUUACAGGCAUCUGACGGUGGCCACGCUGGAGGAGAGGCCCUUUGUCAUCGUGGAGGCGGUGGACCCGGUGACUGGUACUUGUGUCAGCAACACCGUGCCCUGCCGACGACAGUCCAACAAGACGGAGGCCAUCGUGGGUCACACUGAGCCGUACACUAAGCUGUGCUGUAAAGGCUUCUGCAUCGACAUCCUGAAGAAGUUAUCCCGCACCAUAAAGUUUUCCUACGACCUCUACCUGGUCACCAACGGCAAGCACGGCAAGUUGGUCCGAGGAAUUUGGAACGGGAUGAUCGGAGAGGUGUUCUACAAGCGGGCGGACAUGGCCAUCGGCUCGCUGACCAUCAACGAAGAGCGCUCUGAGAUUAUUGACUUCUCGGUGCCGUUUGUGGAGACGGGGAUCAGUGUGAUGGUGGCCAGAAGUAACGGGACUGUCUCACCGUCAGCCUUUUUAGAGCCCUACAGUCCUGCAGUCUGGGUGAUGAUGUUCGUCAUGUGUCUGACUGUUGUGGCUAUCACAGUCUUUGUCUUUGAAUACUGCAGUCCAGUCGGGUACAACCGGAGCCUGGUGACUGCAAAAGAUCCCGGAGGUCCGACCUUCACUAUUGGGAAGUCUGUGUGGCUGCUGUGGGGAAUCGUCUUCAACAACUCGGUCCCCAUUGAGAAUCCGAAGGGCACCACCAGUAAGAUCAUGGUCCUGGUCUGGGCUUUCUUCGCUGUCAUCUUCCUGGCGUCCUACACAGCCAACCUAGCAGCCUUCAUGAUCCAAGAGCAGUACAUCGACACGGUCUCUGGACUGAGUGACAAAAAGUUUCAAAAGCCACAGGAGCAGUACCCUCCAUUCCGCUUUGGUACGGUCCCAAAUGGCAGCACAGAGCGCAACAUAAGGAGUAACUACCCCGAGAUGCACUCCCACAUGGUCAAAUACAACCAAAAGGGAGUCGAGGAUGCCCUCAACAGCCUCAAAACAGGGAAACUGGAUGCCUUUAUCUAUGAUGCUGCUGUGCUGAAUUACAUGGCUGGCAAAGAUGAGGGCUGCAAGCUGGUGACCAUUGGCAGUGGGAAAGUGUUUGCUACCACUGGUUAUGGCAUCGCCCUGCAGAAGGAUUCACGCUGGAAGCGACUCAUCGACCUGGCCCUGCUCCAGUUCCUGGCUGAUGGUGACACGCAGAAGCUGCAGACCGUCUGGCUCACAGGCAUCUGCCGCAACGAGAAGAAGGAGGUGAUGAGCAGUAAGCUGGACAUCGACAACAUGGCGGGAGUUUUCUACAUGCUGCUUGUGGCCAUGGGCCUGAGCCUGCUGGUUUUCGCUUGGGAACAUCUGCUCUACUGGAAACUACGACACUCAGUCCGCAAAUCAGAGCGCCUGGACUUCCUGCUAGCUAUCAGUCGAGGCAUCUACAGCUGCUUCAAUGGAGUAGAGCAAACUGACCACAAUGGGAGCAUGCCGAGUCCGGACGUCACUACCAACUAUUCACAAGCCAACAUGCUAAAGAUGUUGCAGACAGCCAAGGACAUGGUGUCCUCUGCCAGAGUGGAGAACUCUCUAGACAAUGCCACCAAAACAAUCGAGAGCUGGAGCAGGCGGGGGGCCGACAAUGUGCGGGUCGGCCUGCCACCCAGAGUAACAACCACGGACAUGAGCCACGGCCGUCUGCCCUACAUCUCCAGCAUCACGGACAACCACUCGCCGUACCCUCAGAGAGCCCUCACACCCACCUUCCCAAUUCAUUAUGGGGACACCUCCACCCAGCCUCUCUUGGAUAAACCCCGGGUGGUGACCCGACCCACCCCUCUCCGCUACACGCUGCCCACCCGCAACAGUCAGCAUGUCUUAGAGAGGACUCUGCCGAUCUCCAGCCUCAGCAGCCCUCAUAUCGCCAUGCGGGAUCCUGCUCCACCCAGUACGUCUAACCCCCACCACAGCAGCAGGCUGUAUGUGGAGAACCAGGCCCGGCACCCCACGUCCCCUUUUGUUCCUUACAGGGAGUUCCAGGUGCCUGAUAUCUACGUGGAGCAUAAAGGACCACUGAGGAGGAAGUUCAGCUACCCCCCUGACUGUGUGAGCCGGAGGAGGAGGUCCCAUAGCUAUGUGUUCGAUGCUGCAGACCCCAGAGUGAGACGUGACUACGAUGAACCUCGAUCCUGCCUUGCUGAGUUGAGGGCCAAUCACCUCCUGAACAACCACGCCCCUGUUGCUGCUGCCAUGGCCUGCUCCGGAGGACACUACCCAGGUGGCAACGCCAGCUGCAACUCCUGUAUGAAGUCCUACCUGGAGCCUGAGAUGGAUGACGUACCGCUCCUGGGGAAGGACAAACUCAACCGGCGCGCCUCGUUCCUCAAAGCCACAUGGGGCAAUGAUCGGAUCCAUCAGGUGGAUGAAACAAAGCCCUCCACAUCCGCGUCUCAAUCCACCCGCGUAGACAUGCCUGACCUUUUUCCACGGGUGGUGGUGGCCAACCCAAAGCCCCACAAGCUAUACGGCAGUCUGGGGCACAACCUGUCCUGCUACCCCUUGGCUGCUGAGCCUGCCUACUUGGACCCGGCCCACAUGGGCUCGUACCCCUACAAGCAAAAGCUCAAGUACUCUGAGUCCACCCGGCUGCCCUCUUACAGGGAAGCCAUCCUGCAGAAUGCCGCCGCCCUGCGCCGCUCCUCCUCCACAGUGGUGCACAGACAUUACUCCACCUACCUAAACUCGUACACAGACUUACCAGUGUAUGUGGGGCCACUGGCCCAGGGGCCGCCUCAGUUCUACGACGGCUCCAAGGACAUGUGCCACUUGUUUCCCUGUACAAGCCACUGCCCGGAUAACGCAGCGAUGCUUCCUCGUAUGAGUGAGAGGCCAGUGGUUUACCACAACAAUAUGUUUGGGCCCUACGACAACACAGGGAAGAGGGAAGAUCCAGGCUCUGGGAGCAGAGAGCGGAGGCAGGUGUUGGUGGCGCGCAGAGUCAACAGUCCCUAUGUGCCAAAGCCCUGGGGCAGAGUAUCCAGCCUGGAGUCUGAGGUCUGAGCCCCGUCCUUACUGGACCUCCACUCGGCUCUCAGACUGAGCCCCUCUGAAGAGAGGCGUGCCUGGGGAGGGGUUUCUCUCCUCAGCCUCUGGUUAAAGCAAAAAUUAAACUCUACACCAAUAGUGUAUUUGAGAGUGUUGACUCUCAAUUAUCAGUGCAAUAAUAUCUUGGGCAGCGACAUGUAAAGGAGAAGACACUGACGAGCAAAUUACUGCUGGGACUUUGUACGCCAAACUUAAAACACUAAUAAAAGAAAAGGCAAUGUUGAAAAGUAUUUAAUACAUAAGAAUUUAACCUGUUGAUUGUUAUUUAAAGGAUUUUUAAAUGCUGUGUUGCUAUGUGAAAGAAUUCUGGGAGACAAUAUACUGUAGCCUCUCGAUCUGAUUACGACUUGAGACAUUUCUUUUUUGCAGACUCAUUUCAGUUACCCUCCAUGUCAGUUCAGAGUUAAAUCAUUAAGAUGAUUUUGUGAUGGAACCGCUGACAUAUCUUCCCUGAAUUUUCUAAGUCAACGACCUUGGGUGCACAGUUGAUCCGAGGCUUUCUGCUCCAUCGGUCCUUCAUGUGAUUUGACUGGGAUUUUAAAAAAAGGGAAAACCAUUAAAGUAUCAUGUGUAUUUCCAUUGUUACAAUACCCUUUAAUAAAGAAUAAGGUCGUCUCAAGGGCCUUUU